AUGUCGACCCCUCAAACACCCAGCGCGCCCAUUCGCGGUCCCGAGUUCUGGCGCCGCACCUUCUGCUAUGUGACCGGUCUCGGACUGUCACCUGAGGACCGCGCAGCCUACGAGGCCGACAAUGAGCUCCGCAAAGAGCAGGAUGAGUGCCGGAGGUGUGAGAAGAACCGGGAUUACCUCCUUCGAUACAGUCCAAUUGUGAGGUUCAUGCUCAAGAGCGUACAGCAGGUGGGCGGCGACUUGUCGGCGGAGAAUAUCAAGUGUCUUCCGUGCGAUGGGGCGCUGCGCACAGGCGGAUUCUCACCGCAGUAUGGGAUUAUGCUGUGCCAGAAUAGACUGGACAGAGGGAGAAUGGAGGAUACGCUGGCGCACGAGAUGGUGCAUGCGUAUGAUCAUCUCAGGUUUAAUGUCAAUUGGGAUGAUUUAAAGCAUCAUGCUUGCUCAGAGAUUAGGGCAUCAAGCUUGAGUGGUGAGUGUAGAUGGACUAGAGAGGCGUUUACAAGAGGAGUAUGGGAUUUUACGCAGCAACAUCAAGCUUGUGUGAGAAGGAGAGCUACGAUAUCGGUCUCCCUUCAUCCAAAGUGUAAGGAUGAUGCAGAGGCGGCCAAGAUUGUCGACAUGGUAUUUGACUCAUGCUUCGCCGACACAAGACCAUUUUCGGAUAUCUAUCGAUAG